UAUCGGGCCAAGCAAAAAAAAUCCUUGACACAAGUUUUUCGGCCUCCUGCGGCUCGAGGGGGAGAAGAAAAUAGUAGAAGACAAGAACGAGAACGCGUCCACGUUGGAGAUGAAACGCCAUACGUCGGCGUUCUGGAGUCGCACGCUUUCCGAGCACGCCAUAAAACGAGUCACUGCACAGCAAACGGCAGCUACUCAACAGUCGCAGAUCCACUAAGUUGCGCUCGCUGCGACGCACUUCGCAAAAGCCGCUUGUGCCUCGAGGAUGGCGGCGUCGGGCCGUGCCGCUGGCUCCGCUGGCCUCGACGCCGGUCUCUCCAGAGACGACGACGGCCGGAUGAGCGCUUACAACGGCUACGCCACGCUACAGAGGGACGAUUGCGAGCUGUCGGCGAGCAGCAGCAGCAGCAGCGGCGGGGACGACGACUGCAGCAGCAGCGGCGACAGCAGCAGUAGCAGCAGUUCUAGCAGUGACAGCGGAAACAGCGACGUGGCGCAGGCCGGCGCGUCCCAGUCGGAGGACAUCGACAUCGAAGAUGUGCCGACUGCCUCCAGCGUCGCAGCCGUUGCCGCCUUCAUGGCGAGCGAGCCACAGAUGGGAAUCUGGAUCCAGGCGAUAGUCGAACGACCGGGGGACCUUCCCAGUGACCACCCGGACGAAGUUCACGACUGGAGCGGUUGGCCCAAGUUCGCUCCCAAGAAGAACGCGGACCAACAGCGUGCGAUCGUGCCGAGCCUGCCGGCCAAGGUUCCUCACGUAGCGCUCGUCAACCAGCACGAGUUCCUGCUGCCCAAGAUGGAACUGCUGGUCCACACACAGGGCAGGUUGAUGCAGCCAGCGCCUUCGUUCCGCUGUACCAACUUGGUGGACGACCUGCAGUACACGGCUUGGCUCACCUUCACUAAUUCCGUUGGGGGCGAAUGCGUUGGUCAAUACUCCCACCCGGAUUCACCGCAUCCCGGUUCUUCGUGGAACGGCCGGGUGCUGUCGUUUUCUCGGUUAAAGCUCUUCUCCUACGACGGCUUCACCUCGAAACUGCCUCCGGUCACUCUGAAGUGUAACAACAGUUACCGCAUCCAAGUGAACGUUGGAAUCGUGGACAACAGCGGACACAUCUUGAGCAGGUCGGUCGUCCGCCGCUUUGUCGGUGCCCACUUCAUUGCCGUCACCCAGUUCAGCAAAAAAGCUAGCUGAGGGAACCACGGCCAGAGCUUCAUCUUCAUGUUCUUUCUUUUUUUGUUUCUUUGCCUAGUCUCGCCCAUCCAAGCAACAAGGAAUUCAAGACUAAGGCACGCUAAUUUAAUGUUAUAUACACUGCACUGUUUUCCCGACUUUCAUUGUUUCUGUGAUAAAAGUAAUAAAGACACAUUUGCCGGUACGAAGAGGUCCUUUUUUUUUCUUUGUUUAAUAACAUUUUACACUACAAACA